AUGACUUCCAAGGCUCCUGAGUCCACCUCACCAAUCACUAUCACCGAGACCGAACACGCGGUUAGAAUCUCGGCCACUGUUCCAAUAACGACAGAUCGUGCGGCUGAGUUCAUGGAAGAGCAAGCAGUAGUGGAGGGUCUGAUGGCUAAGCAGGCCUACAGGAUAGAGACAUCCUUUAUGGCCGCAGUGGACAGAUUCUCCUCAGAGCUACGGACGCUCUUUCAGGAGAGGAUACCGGUAACGUCGUCCGCGAUGCCUCCCAGAGCCAGACAGAGAAGCCAAGAGUGA